AUGGGUGAAAUGAAUGAAGAGCUUGGUAAGGUUAUCUUAGAGAAUGCACCGGCGAAUAACCAAAUGACUAGUCCUAAAAUUCAAGCGGACAUUAAACAUUGUUACGCUCAAGAGGUACUUAAACAAAUUUUUGAAGAUCUUGGUGAUGAUGUUUUUUCUUUAUUAGUUGAUGAAUCAUGUGAUGUUUCAAAAAAAGAACAAAUGGCGGUUGUUAUUCGUUAUGUUGAUAAAGUUGGGAUUGUUAAGGAGCGUCUUAUUGGGCUUGUUCAUGUCAAAGAGACAAGCGCAUUAACACUUAAAUCGGCUAUUGAUGAUAUGUUGGCACGUUAUGGGUUGAGUUUGAAAAGGAUUAGAGGCCAAGGUUACGACGGGGCAAGUAACAUGUCAGGUGAGUUUAACGGCUUAAGAGCUCUUAUUUUAAAGGAAAAUGUUUCGGCUUUCUAUAUUCAUUGUUUUGCACACCAACUUCAAUUAGUUGUUGUGGCGGUGGCACACAAACACACACCUAUUUGGAGAGUAUUUGAAACGAUAACAUGUUUAACAAAUGCCGUUUGUGCAUCUUCUAAGCGACAAGACAUGCUUCGUGAAAGCCAAAGAAGACAAUUGGAAAAAAUGGAAGACGUGCUUUGUACCGGAAGUGGGUUGAAUCAAGAAAUGACACUUUCAAGACCUGGAGAUACACGUUGGAAUUCCCACUAUAAAACGCUUUCGCGUUUGAUUACUUUAUAUCCAAACAUUAUGGAAGUUCUUGGAUGUAUAGUAGAAACGGGUCAAACUCUUCCUUGUAGUAGACAAGCGGACGGACUUCUAGAGGAUAUGAAAAAAUACGACUUUGUAUUUUACAUACACUUGAUGGAGCAUAUUCUAAACGUCACACACACAUUGUCCCAAUGUCUACAAAGAAAAGAACAAGAUUUGAUGAAUGCGGUUAAAUUGGUUUCUUCCACAAAAAACCAACUUGAAAAGUUUAGGUUGGAAGGAUUUAAUGAGUUCUUGGAGAAGGUUAACUCUUUUUGUGACAUGUAUGAACUUGAGGUGAAAAAUUUAGACGAUGAAUAUAUUAACCCAAGAUGGCCAAGAAGAAAAACGAACAUCUCAAAUCGGCACUAUUACGAGUAUGAUUACUUCAAUGCGGUUCUAGAUUUGCAAAUUCAAGAAUUUGGGAACCGUUUUAACGAGGUAACAUCGGAACUACUUCUUUGUAUCAGUUGUUUGAGUCCGUGUGAUAAUUUUAGUGCGUUUGACAUUCCAAAUAUACUAAAGUUAGCCGGAAAGUAUCCAUAUGAUUUCGAUGAAGCCGAAAAACGAAGGCUUCCGGUUCAACUCGGAAACUACAUUGAUUUUGUGAAACAAGAUAAACAAUUCGCCAACUUGGAUGCUUGUUCUCGUAUUACCCGUCGCAACCGCAACCGUUGA